UCAGUUUCAAUCACGGUGAACGCAUGGGAGGUUGCAGCGCUCCGUUCAAGCUCUGAUGAAGUUGGUAUUUUAUUUGCUUGUGGUCGCUGCCUCCAUCCGUCUAGGCGGGUGUGAUGGAAUAAUGGGACUACAAGUCACCCUCGAGGUCGCAUUUCCACAGCAAUAUCACUUCCAUCUUACCUGGGAGGGUGAAGAGGAUUCUUUGUAUAAGGUUUGCGUGUCAAGCUGGUCGCAUGAUUGUGUGCACGUGACAGGGACAGAGUACACAGUCGAUGAGGAACUUCCCUCCGGCAGCGUUUACACAUUCUUCGUGAUGGCUGCAGAUGUACCUGACGAUUUCUCUUCAUUUGUCAGCGUCUUCUACCCACAGGACCUGAUGGUGGAAGCAUUUGAUCCUACCACGCUAGAAGUAUCUUGGCAUCCCGGCUCUACCUUUUUCAUUAAGCAGGUAGGGAACGUCAGUGUGGACAACGUUACGAGUGUACAGGUGCCCGUUGGAGACAUCAUCAUCGAACACAAUUUGAACUGUGGCGUCACUGAUGAGAAAAUGCAAAUCCAUUCGCUCCUCUUGCAGCCAGUUAUUACGGGCCUUGACGUGGAGCUUAUCAUGGACCACACUCAGAACAAGAUCAGUUUUGUCGUGAGUUGGCAAACUUUGGGACCUUCGGCCUUUAAGAUCUGCUCAACUGGGCCUCCGCUGCAAUGCUGGCUGGUCAACGGCAAUAACUACAUCCUGGAUGAGUUCUUUCCUUCGAGCAGUAUCUACACCUUUUACGUAAUGUUCGCCGGUACCGAAGACUUCUCGACCUCUGUUACCGUAUACUAUCCGUGGCAGUUGGUGGUGAUCCCUCUGACUUCUUCAAAACUGUUGGUAUCGUGGGAUGAACGCGAAAGUCCGUUUAUCAAACAGGUUUCUGACGUGGGUGUGACCUGUGAGACAAGCGUGGAGUUAGACUUCGAAGGCUCCCCCGUCAAUAUAACCCUCCUCCAUAAUUUCGGUGAAAAUACGACAGGCAGCCUUUUUAUCCCCCUCAAGCUUGUCAUCAUCAUUCCACCACCCGCUGAAGAUCCCUACCUCAGCCUACCCUGGGAGUGCCCCAACACUCAUACGUGCGAGCCUGACACCCAGUGCGUGCCUGGGACGUUCAGUCUUCUCCCUGACCUUGAUGUAAAUGAGGAAGAGUUUCCCUAUUCUUGUAGAGGUGGUAACCAGACGAACACCAGGGACGGCCUGACCGCUAGUGAGGGAAAGGUGUUGUCCAUCCUUCACGCUGACAUCGUUUGGCCGGACCUUCAGACCUCAAGCAAUUUCAGCUGUAGGAUGAGUUCCUCGCUUUCUUUGUUGAAAUACAGCAUCGAGGGGAAAAAAGCAUCCGGGAAUCUAGACAUGUUAACAACGUACAUGAACCUCUGGUCUGGCUACGAUUUCAAGACUGACUGUGUCCCUGACCCAACUAUUUUGCCUGACAUCCUGGUGACAUGGCAAGAAGUUGAAAUCAGCGAACUUUCUUGCGGAAUAGGACAACUGAUUAAUGAUACAUGUUACGUUUAUAUUGAUGAGGAGCGAAGUUUUCACGAGGCCCGCGGAGAGUGUCUGGCUCUUGGCGGAGACCUGGCGUAUUUUACCCCAGAGGUUGGUGAGUGGCUCAGCAACGAAGAUAUAAAGGAAGUAAUGUGGUGCUUGGGAACUUCGUUGGAGGCUCGCCCUAUCAAGCCUCUUGCCCCAAAAUUCAUGCUGACACCGUCUCUCAUGUCAGUUAAUGGCGCCACCCCCUGCUAUCCUUCCAGUGCCACCUCCAACGAUUCCUGCCUCUCCAAAAUCCCCAGUCUGUGCGCCUUCUCCCCCCAGGCCAACCUUACUAUAGAGACAGGAACUCCGUCGGAAGCGCCGCCGUGUGAGGAUCCGAAUCCUUGCUUGAACGGAGGAAUCUGCUACACUACCUUCACGGGUCUGGGCCUCGCCUCUUCGGAAAACGCCACAGAGCACAUGUGCCGCUGCCUCGAGGGCUAUUAUGGCCUCAACUGCGAAUAUACAGGGAGAGAGGGGGGAGAUUACUAUGAGAGCAAAUCUAGUGAACUAAUGGCCGUAGAUGGAAACACACUGAAUAUAGAAUACGUCUGGUACGGCGUCCACAGCAAUUUCACUCACUGCUUCACUCCGGCUGCCCUUACUCUCUUCCAGUUACGAUGCAACGGCAGGAGUUUCUGUAAUGUGUCCGAGAGAGAUCUGCGCCUCCGCCUUCCUUCUUAUUGUCCGCGACAUCUCCGCCGUCAGCUUUUGGUACGGUGGUCCAGCAUGCGAGUUCCCGGGUGUGCGAAGGGCGCUAACAGUACAGACCCUCUAGGAUGCUAUUCUCUCACAGAUCAGGUCUACGAUAACGCUCAGGAUGCCAAGCUUGAGUGUAACAGUCAAGGAGGGGAUUUAGCUACGCACUCCGAUUCGUCCAUUUUUUGCGACUUGACCGAGGUUUCAUCUAUCUGGGUCCAGUCAAGCAGUACGGCUGACGAAAUGCAUGGUUUCUCAUUCAUCGCUACUGGGGCUACAAAGCAAACCUGUCCUUCAUCGCAGCCCAGUAUGAGCAACAGUAAAGCCAUGUGUAAUUUCCCUCUCAAAGACACUUCUAAGAUGUCGGCGUCUCUUAUUCUUGGCUUGAAUGAAAAUACGACUGGCGUUGAAGUUUCUUGGGACGAACAGCCAGGAGCAGACACUUAUAUCUUGUGUGUCAUCAUCUGUAUUAGCUUGCCAGGUUCGACGACAGAGUACUUCUGGCAGACGUUAGAUUCAGGAAUUAGACACACAUUUAAGCUCGCUCCAUUCAGCAACGGCGUUUCCUUACCAAAAUCGAGCGUCUCUAUUUAUCACCCUUGGCAAUUGAACGUGGUGGCGGGAGAGGCUGCGUCUGUCGUAGUGUCAUGGGAGCCUGUGCACAGUUCCUUCGAGCUAGCGAUGCCCAGUGUCUCCUACUCAGGGGAGGGAUACGCUGUUGUAGAGGGCGUGGAGGGCGACGUCUUCAACUUCCUUUUCGUGAACUCUAAGGACAGCGAGAUUUUGGAGGUAGAGGCUCACAUCCUGCGACGCACUGGGAAGGUUUCAGUCCACGCACGUCCAUGGAUGAUGAUGGAUGGCUCCCUUCAGAAGGUUAUCGGACUUAACUCCCUCUUGCCUGACAUAAAUCCCGCUAGAGCUUUCACUUUUCUUACCACUGUGUUUGAGGACCAAGUCCCUGAACUGGAAGGGGAGGACCUGGUGAGCAAAUCAAGCCUGGACAUCACCUACGCUGAGUUUGCGACCUCCGACCACUUCGACGAUCCCGAGUAUUGCAGCGUGAGGUCAGCCCGAGCUCUUGUUAGAUAUGCAUGUCAGGGGAAGAAGUCUUGUAGUUUGCCGAAGGACUUGCUGGCUUCGUACACACAUCCGCCACCCACAUGGGAGAAUCUUUGCUCCAACACGAAUGCAUCCUACCGCCUUUUCCUCAAAGCGGGAGAAAUGUCGGGUGACAUCGAGUGCCCAGACCUGGAGGGCUUGCAAGUGAAUCGCCACACCGAGGACAGAACUUGCUACGGGUUGACAACGUCGACUCUAGGCUUCCGAGAGGCAAGGGAGGUCUGUCUCUCAUACGGAGGCGACCUCCUGCAUUACCAUGACCGACUCAGAACAUGGUUAAAUGAGGCUUGGAAUGAAGCGCUGGCAGCGGGGGACAAGAAGGCCUGGGUAAUCGGCUACUCCAGCAUACCACGACCGCUGAAGCCCAUGGUUCCACCUCAUCUGCUCCAUCCCGCUACCCUAGUUAACGGCAGCGUCGAGAUGUGUCGGGAGAGCAAUUGCGACCUUCAUCGUCAUCUCGGAAUAUGUGAACUGCCACCCUUUGUGUCAGAUAUACGUCAGACCAACGUAACCUACAACGAACCUUGCAUUCAGGACACUUGUCAGAACGGAGGCACCUGUUUCACCACGCUGUCAGGAGAACAAAUGUGCUCCUGCCCCCCUUCACUCUACGGUUAUUCGUGUGAGAAUAAAGGUGAUGAGGACGAGACAUUUAUGAAGAUAUCCAGAGUGUAUGAUCCUGAAGACAGCUACGCCCUGACGGCUCCUGCAGGGAAGCUCAUCGUCGUGGAGUACGCCAUGGUCGGUCGCCCCCUCUCGACUGCCCUCAGAGGCCGCCAGGGGCUGCCUUCUGCGUACCAGGGAUGCUACUCCAGCCACCCCCAUCACCUCUUUGCACGCAGAUGCAACGGCCGCUCCUUUUGCCAGCUGUCUGCCCGGGAUCUGCGUCACGAGCUGGACACCGCGUGCCCCCCGAUGAUCACGCCGGUCGUCGAGGUGCGCUGGUCGUUUACGGAUGCGGUCGAGGUUUGCACCGGCGAGGGCGAGUACCUCGACCUUGGAAGCGGGAGGAGCGGCUGCUUCCUUGUCACAACAGGCAAGCACGAGUCCGCCUCCGCAGCUAGGGAGGAAUGCCUUCAGGGAGGAGGCGACAUUGCGUCUGCCGCGGACGUCACGCAGCUCUGCAAUAUCGCUAGCGGGAUCUCGACCGAGACAAUGUUGUGGGUCUCUGCAGACGGCGAUUUCUGGAAUUCGACCCGUUAUUCCGCUUCCAUCGACGAUCCCAGGCUACUGAAUCGCGUCUCUUGCUCCGCCGAGAACACCGCUGGCGCCGAAGCCCGUGGCCUGUGCGUGUACCCUUCCUACAGAGGUGAAGCUCAGAAAUACUGCAAGAAGGACGAACCUCGCCCGGACAGGUAUCCUGGCUACACCUGGAAUGAAACAGAGGCGGGACUCAUGGCUACCAACAAGUGCCCGAAAGGCUGGACUGGCUACGCCUCCAGGUGGUGCAGCAACAACGGCACUUGGGACAACUUCCUCGAUCUCAGCGAGUGCAAGAGCGCAGAUCUGGGAGAAUGGGAAGCCCAGACAGAGAACGACAGCAUCACUGCCUCCGAGAUCAUAAACGGCGUGGCACAAGACACCGAGGGAAUGGAGCUCGCCCCGGGGGACAUCUUCGCCCUUGGCCACAUCUUUGAGCUCCUCGAGGACAAGCACGAAAGUGAUCUGAAUUCGACAGAGGACGCCGCUCUCCUCGCUGAGGAGUACAUGGAGGGAACGUCCGCGACGGGAGACCACAUGCUACAGGACCCCGAAUCGUGGAUGGAAAUGGACCAGGCAAUUCGCAGCAACACGAGUACGAAGCUCCAGGCCGGGAUCACCAACGCCGCCCUUGCCCUUGCCACUCACCUCGACAACUUUACCAAGAACUAUGUUAAAGACAAAAUCAACGUGAGGGUCAGCAGCCACCCUCCUGAGUACUACGAGGAGAUUUCGGAGCGAUCCUUCAGCUACCCCGACGGCAUCACCAAGAUUGAGUUGCCAAAAGGAUUUCAAACAUCCUACGUUGGGAUGGACGGACUUGUGCCAGUUAUCUUCAAUGCGUAUGAAGAUCUUCACUGCACUUCUAACAUCGUACCAUGCAAGCAGACCUCUUUAAACGAACGACUCCUGCCCGCUUCGAGUCAAGUCAACAGCAUCAUCAUCGGUGCAACAGUCGGCGCUGGGUCUUCCUGGAGGGCAGAGGGAAAUCAAAGAAUAUCGGUUAUGCUGCGCCAUCAGUACGACGGGACCGAGUACGACCUCGGCUCCCCGCGAUGCGUUUGGUGGGACGAACAGCAGAACAGAUGGAAUGAGACGGGGUGCCAAAGGGUUACCUCCACGCAGACGUACACAGAAUGCUCUUGCGAUCACCUUACCAAUCUGGCGGUCAUCAUGGAUAUUAAUGGAGUCAUUCAAAAGGAUAGUACCCUGUACCUAAUAUCGCAGUGGAUCACCAUCGUGGGUUUCUCCGUGUCCAUCCCGAGCUUGCUGCUUUGCGUCCUGUGUCUUCUCUGCUUCCGCAACGUCCGCGCCCGAAAGAGUUCGAUCAUUCAUGCCAAUCUCUGUCUGAAUCUGCUAGUGGCGGAAGUAGUCUUAUUAGCGGGUCUGGACGCCACCCACAAUGCCGUGGCGUGCGCGGUGGUGGCCGCAAUCCUCCAUUACUUCUUCAUCGCCACCUUCACCUGGAGCGCCAUCGAAGCCUUCCACAUGUACCUCAACUUCAUCAAGGUGUUCUCCACGUUAGGAUCUCCGCUCAAGUACUACCUGGGUUUUGGUUACGGCAUCCCGACUCUGUUCGUCUCCAUAACGCUUGGAAUCACGCAGGGCAGUGGUUACGGGUCUGAGAGAGCGUGUUGGCUCGAAGGUGCACUGAUCUGGGCUUUUGCUGGACCCCUCGCUUUUGUCAUGGUGAGCAACCUGGUGGUCUUCUGGAUGAUCAUGCGCGUGGUGUGGCGUGACAAGAGUGUGGGCGACCUGCAGCACCGCAGAUCGCGCCAGCAGCUCCUCAAAAGGCUGAAAGGAUCCGUGUCCCUGUUCCUCCUCCUCGGGGCCACCUGGAUCUCGGGAUUCUUCUAUUUUGCUGAAGCAACUUCCUCCAUGGCCAUCGUGUUCACACUCCUCAACUCUUUCCAAGGCCUCGGGAUCUUCAUACUUACCAUUAUAACCGACAACACCAUCUUGGCAGAGAUUAAAAAGCUGUUGGGCUGGAAGGUGGAUGAUCCCAAGACAUCUUACGCCUCGAGGAUGACAACCACAGUUCUAAACUAAGAUAAACAAAUCACUUGACUUUGAAAUGACAACGUCUUCGCAGGUCGAGACAUUCGUUUGUGGAAAGUCAAGUGAUUUUGUCCAGCUCCUGUUCUGUGUCUUAACUUUAGAGGAGAGUAAAGUUAGAAUUCAGUCAAUAGAUUUAGAGAAUUAUUAAUCCAAUACUUAGAAAUACACUCAUGUUAUUGCCAUUAUAUUAGGAUAAUAAACAUUACUGGUGCAGCUGAAA